CACAGCCCCACAGGGAUGGGGAGCAUCUGCUUCAGGCCGUCCCCAGCCCUGCCGCCCUGUGACGGAGCCCCGGGGGUCCCCGUGAGCAGGGAUGUGCCGCUGUGGUUGUGGGUUACAGCAUUUGGGGACGGCCGUGCCUCAGUUUCCCCACGUCUCAACCCCUUUUUCCCUCUCCCAGAUUCCGAGCAGAGCAGCAGUCCCCGGACGGGCAUCGCCUCAGACCAGGAGGACACCAAGCCCAACACGCUGGACUCCACAGACUUCCAGGAAAGCUUCGUCACCUCGGGGGUGUUCAGUGUCACCGAGCUCAUCCAGGUGUCCCGAACGCCGGUGGUGACGGGCACGGGCCCAAAUUUCUCCCUGGGGGAGCUGCAGGGCCACCUGGCCUACGACCUGAACCCCUCCAGCACGGGCAUGAGGAGGACGUUGCCCAGCACCUCCUCCAGCGGGAGCAAACGGCACAAGUCUGGCUCCAUGGAGGAUGACAUCGACACGAGCCCCGGCGGCGAGUAUUACACCUCGUCCAACUCACCCACGAGUAGCAGCCGCAACUGGACAGAGGACAUGGAAGGGGGCAUCUCCCCCAACGUGAAGACAGAGAUGGACAAAUCGCCCUUCAACAGCCCCUCGCCGCAGGACUCCUCACCCCGCCUGAGCAGCUUCACGCAGCACCACCGUCCCGUCAUCGCGGUGCACAGCGGUAUCGCUCGCAGCCCGCACCCUUCAUCCACGCUGCAUUUCCCCACCACCUCCAUUCUCCCCCAGACGGCCUCCACCUACUUCCCGCACACGGCCAUCCGGUACCCGCCUCAUCUCAACCCGCAGGACCCACUGAAAGAUCUCGUCUCGCUGGCCUGCGACCCGUCCAACCAGCAGCCUGGACCGUUAAAUGGAAGUGGUCAAGUGAAAGUGCCCAGCCACUACCUGCCCACGCAGAUGCUGGCACCGCCACCUCCCCCCGGCAUGCCCCGCUUGGCCGUCUCUCCUGACACCAAAUCAGCCACGACAACUUCGGAGGGAGGGACGACCUCACCGACAUCACCCACCUACUCUGCACCAGGCACGCCCCCUGCGAACCGUUCCUUCGUGGGAUUAGGACCAAGGGAUCCUGGGAGUAUCUAUCAGGCACAGUCCUGGUACCUGGGAUAGCGCGGCCGUGCCACCCUUCGCUCCCUUCUCCUCUGCUUUAGGCACCCUGAGAGGACCCCCC